CCAUCAUUUUUAAAAAUGCACCGCGGCCCACAUUCAAUUGAAAAUCUCUGGAGCAAAAUGAAACGCAGGACAGAAAAAUGUGGAGAAAAUGUGUAAUGAGAAAUGAGGAGGCUAGAGAGUUUUAUGACAAACAUCCACUCGAGAAAUAAAGUCAGAUUAUAAAAUAAAAUGUACCAAAACGGACUUGCAGCAAAGGCAAGUUACAUGGGCAGCAAGCCGAAAGCAAAACAAGGGCAGGACGAACAGGAUGCGGGAGGAGCCAAGGAGCAAAUCAACCGCCCACAAAACAGGACAAACACCAAGCAAACGAAAUGCGAAAGGACACUUAACUGCGACGGACAACAAAAAAUAGCGCUUCGUUGGGCGUUAGGAAAUGAGCUAGACCGACGAACGACGAAAAUAUUUGAGGAAUUACCCCAAAGUGUAUUGCGAAGAAAGCGGAAAGGUGGGGCUAAUUCGGGAGGAAUAUACUUCUACUACUCUUUUAAUAAAACUACAUAAUUUAGAAAA